CCACAUUUCUAGAAACUAGUUAACGUCCCUCGUUGGUGAAGCUCUUCAGAAGGUACCGGAAGACUCCCCCGCAUGUAGUAAGUUGAACAAAGUUAACAAUCAGCGAAAAAUACUGAAGCUAAUCAAGAUGGAAGUUUGUUGUCCAAAAAAAGUGAGGUGUGAGGAGAUUAACGAGAGAUUGAGAAUUCAUCUGCGAAAAUGUCAAAACGUACUCAACCAUCUUGGAGUCCACCUGUGAGAAAGGGUGGUGCUACUCUGAAACUUUACAACAGUUUGACACGUCAGAAAGAGGAGUUUGUUCCCCAACAUGGAAACCGAGUGCUCUGGUACAGCUGUGGACCAACUGUCUACGAUGCAUCCCACAUGGGACACGCCAGGUCCUACAUUUCCUUCGACAUUCUACGACGAGUAUUGUCCGACUAUUUCGGCUACGACGUCCUCUACGUGAUGAACAUCACGGACAUUGACGAUAAAAUCAUUAAACGUGCUAGGCAAAACCAUCUUUAUGAAAAAUACAUAGAAACGAGUGCACCGUUGGACGUAGUAUUAGAGGACGCUAAGAGUGUCAUGUCAGCAUUUAAGGAAACAGUGGAAAAUGCAACAGAUGCUGAUAAGAGAGUCAUGUUGGAGAAAAUGUUGGGAAAGGUCAAAGUAGCUGUUGAAAAUCUUGAAGAGUCUGUCAAGAAUGGAGACGAUAAGGCGAUUACAGAGAAUCAAAAGACUCUCCUAAUCGAAGCUAAGGAUCCCCUCUCGGACUGGUUGGACACGAAAUUAGGAGCAUCUGUUACCGACAACGCAAUCUUCAACGUCCUCUCCCAGCACUGGGAAAACGAAUACCACAGAGAUAUGGACUCCCUGAACAUCCUCAGACCCAACGUAUUAACCCGAGUGAGUGAGUACGUUCCCGAAAUAAUUGCCUACAUUCAAAAAAUAAUCGAUCGUGGCCUUGCCUACGAGAGCAACGGCUCCGUAUACUUCGACGUUGGAAAUUUUGAUAAACGCGAGAACCAUCACUAUGCGAAACUCGUGCCUGAGGCCUAUGGUGACGCUUCAAGCCUCCAAGAAGGUGAGGGUGAUCUCUGUAUAUCAGACGAAAGACUCUCGGAGAAGCGUUCACCAACGGAUUUCGCCCUGUGGAAGUCCUCGAAAGCGGGUGAGCCCUGGUGGGACAGCCCCUGGGGCAAGGGUCGACCAGGCUGGCACAUUGAGUGCUCGGUGAUGGCCUCGGUGAUCUGUGGGGAGAGUUUGGACAUGCACACUGGUGGUGUUGAUCUCAAAUUCCCCCAUCACGACAAUGAACUUGCCCAAGCGGAGGCUUACUUCGAUAACUCCCACUGGGUGAGGUACUUCCUGCACUCAGGUCACCUGACCAUCUCCGGUUGCAAGAUGUCCAAGUCCCUGAAGAACUUUAUAACCAUUCAGGAGGCCCUGAAGAAGCACACAUCGAGACAACUGCGACUGGCAUUUCUUCUUCACUCCUGGAAGGACACCCUGGACUACAGUGACAACACGAUGGAGAUGGCGGUGCAGUACGAGAAAUUUUUGAAUGAAUUUUUCCUGAAUGUCAAGUGCAAGAUCAGAUCACUGAGCGCUGGCACCACCAUUAAAACCUUCAGCAAGUGGCAGGAGGCAGAAUUGGAGUUGAAUAAGAAAUUAUCAGCUGCCAAGGACGCCAUCCACAUAGCCCUCUGCGACAAUAUCGAUACGAGAACUGUUCUUGAGGUUAUUCGUGAUCUCGUUGGACAUUGCAACGUCUACACGAAGGCCUCCAGUGCUCCGAAUACACUUCUUCUCCGGGAUAUCGCUGUUUACAUCACCAAGAUGUUCAUCAUCUUCGGGGCGAUCAGCGAUUCGAACGACGGCAUUGGCUUUCCCAUCGGGAGUGGGGCCACCACAAACGGAAAUAUCGAGGAGACAGUGCUGCCGUAUCUGGAGAUCAUCGGGAAGUUCCGGGAGACCAUUCGCAAUCAUGCGAAGACGAUAAAAGCGAAUGAUAUUCUUCAAGAGUGCGACAGACUGAGGGACCAAGUAUUACCGGAUGUCGGGGUGCGACUUGAGGACGAUGAGAGUGGAUCAUGUCGGAUAAAAUUAGUCAAUAGGGAGGAGCUGAGAAGAGAACGCGAGGCGAAGAAACGAUUGGAAGCCGAAAAAUCUGCUGAGAAGAUCAGGAAACUGGCGGAAUUGGCUGCUGCCAACGCUGUCAAAGAGGCCCAGAAGAAAAUUUCACCGAAGGAUAUGUUUCGGGGGGACACUGACAAGUACUCCAAGUUCGAUGACACCGGACUGCCCACACAUGACGUCCAGGGAAAUAAGAUCAGCAAGGGACAGCUGAAGAAACUCCAGAAGCUCCAGCAGGCACAGGAGAAGAAGCACUCGGAAUAUUUGGAUACCAUUCGUACUAGUGAUAUUGUUAGUGAAUUAACGGCGUAAUUGGACGCCGGGCUUCGGUGAUGAGGUGGAUCUGACUACAUGGAGGUGUUAUCGAAUUUAUUUAUUGCUGUCCGCCAAGGGAUGAACGUGUUUGAUAUUACUGGUUCAACAUGAACAUUCUGAUUUCUCAUGUAAUUUAGAAAUUAUUCAAUAUGAUGUUUGUCUACAAAAAAUGAUCCCCGUGUUGUGCUUUAUUUCCAUGAUUUCAAUACAUUUAAUUGAAUUUAAAA